GCCACUUCCGCUACUGGUCAGUCCAUCACUUUCAAACCUCCUGAAACCAUCACGGUCAACAUGAGAGCUCUUAUAUUGCUGUGCCUACUUCACUCAGCUCUUGGUGUGAGAUACUCCUGGCACCCAGAGACCAAAGAACAACGCAAUGAGUGUUUGGAGGACCAGGGUUCUUGUGGCUGCUGUAAGACCCUCCGAGAGAUCGAAAGGAUGGGGACGUACUUUAACACGCGCCUGACUGAGUUGGAGGAGGAAUACGAACAAACAAAGCAAACUUUCACCGACACGAAAGCUAACCGCACUGCCUUCUCCGUGGCUCUAUUCGAGGAUGGUCCGUUUAAGUGUUACGGUCCAUUUGCUAACGAACAGCCUGUCAUCUUCAAAAAGGUCUUCCUUAACUUGGGUAAUGGCUACAAUCCAAACAACGGUACCUUCAUCGUGCCUCACUCUGGUGUCUACAGCCUCGCCUUCACCGUCUACAGCGAUGCUGGUUCUCCUAAUAGCAAGCUGGCUGCCUGUGCAAAACUGCUGGUUAACGGCGAGAUCAUCGUUGGGUCAACUGACAUAAACAAACACGACCAAGAGGAUAGUUCCUCUAAUGUCUUAGUCCUCCACCUUAAUCGCUCAGACCAGGUGACUUUGUCCCUUUCCCCUGGAUGUUUCCUGUGCGAUGACGGGUACCAUUACAACACUUUCAGCGCGUUCCUGCUUUAUGUGCCUGACUGCGACAGGGAGAUGUACUAAUUUAUGUUUUUAAUGAUCAGUCUGGUAACGAUAUUAAAGAAAGCUAGAUGAAAUCCUUUAGUUGUUCCUUGACUUUUUUGGGACAGAUGCAUUUUAAAAGCUUGCAAAUGUCAAAGUAUCUUUGUUCUGUUACAGCUCUUGUUAUUCUUGAUGCAAUGAUGUAAUGCAGCAUUUGAGAUCAAUAAACAUAGCCUGUACAAUUAAAAGAAAAUAAAACAGGGUUGGAUUAAAGUUUCAGUUGAGGACAUGGUGAUGUCUACAUUGAAGAGAUUGUUGACCUCCUUUAAGAAUUCAAAUCGAAGCCUUAAUUUGCUCUCAAUUUUUGACACAGUAAAUUAAAGUUUGGAUUGAAAUUUCCUUUUGCAGAAUGAUUUCUGAACUGUAAUUCAAUAAUAUAUCACAUUUUAAUAAAGCACUUUAAUUACACUUGUUGACUCUUUGUAAGAACAGUUAUUAAUUAACAUCAGGGGAAUGACCAACUGACUUGUGCAAUUGCAAUCCUGCAAUCCUGGAACUUUUGAUGCAUUCAUUCUUCUUUUGCACACCUUUAUCACAGAUAAAGGUGUGCAGA